AUGCGUAAACCAUCGGUCGCUCAGGCUGUGUACAACACAACCUUUCCUCGCCCAAGUUCCAAUGACCCAUCAUCAUUUGCAGCUCAUGUGGCUAAGAACCUAGUGCCUGAGGUUCGGAUGGAGACCAGCAUUUUCUAUGGCCCCCUGGAUUGCAUCGAAGCUCAAUAUCCAGGGCUAGACUAUUGCUAUGCCCCUCAUCGCAUGCGGCUGGGCCGCUUUACAUGGCACAGGAGACUCUUUAGAGCCUUCGAUGCGUUAGGACUGACCAGGGAAGAAAUUAUGGAACUAUGUUGCUGGGAAGGCACCAAAUCCGCGCGGGCGCGAUAUGAGCAGGAGGAAGGGGUUACAGUGCGGGACACAACGGGCCAUAUGAUCCGCCCCGCAUCACCAACACCAUUGCCCUCAAUUACGGUACAUGAUGAAUUUUGCGGACCAGAGGAGGACCAUGAUCAAUUCAUUGAGACGGGCAGCGACGACACGGUGCGCGCCAGCGAUACCCGUAGUUCCAGUGUUAUGUCGGACUACCGGGCGCAGGAGCUCAUCGACCAAGACUCUGACGAGGAGAUGGAGAGUUGUGGCUUCGCAUUGAACCAUCGACUGCUGGCAGCCAUGGCUGCACGAGACCAGGGGGCCGAUGUUCCUCUGGAUGAGGACUGGGAGCAAUGGCUGAAGGAGGCUGGGGAGCGGGGAGGCUACGGCGACAUGGUCCAUGCUAUUCGAUCCACACACCCCUGGAGCUUCGUCCCUGAGAUUCCAACAUCGUCGCUCCGGCAUGAGCUCAUUGUGGACGAGGCACCACCCUUGGCUAGCACACUUUCGGCAGAAUCAUUUCUGUACUCGACAUCCAAUCUUUUCGCCUCCAGCCCCGUCAUUCCUCAAUCCUCCAGUCACACUUCCGGGACAGCACGCUAA